CAGUGACCAGAUCCACAGGACUUCUUAAAGCUAAUACAGCCUGCAAAUCUGAUAAAUACCAAAGCCUGUGAUUUUACCGUGUGUUCAUUAUAUCUCAGUAAAGAUUACAUCAGUUAAGCAAACCAGCGUGUCUUUCCUUGAGAUUCGGUAUAAACUUGAUGUGAAGCUGUGUCCACGAGACAGCGGAGACAUUAUAGUAAAAAGGCUUUUAAAACGUUAUCAGAAGCAGUUAAUCAGCUUUGAAUCGUCCGCAGCAGUAAAAAAGACUCAUAAAUCCUGUGGCUGCAGUCUGUGUCGGAGUAAGGGCGCGAAGCACUAGAAAGUGAAACUAAUUCUCUCACGUGCUAUAACACCGCUGUGCUGUGUCCAGUCAUCAUCAUUAUCUACGCUGCCAGCUAAAUCAAGAUGCAGAACCCAGAGAACAGCACUCUGACAGUUAACCCUCAAUGCUCCUAUAAAGAGGAAGACACCUUGCCAAGAAGUAGAUCUAGGUGCACAACAUUGUCUAGAGCGUCCAGUCAAACAAAUCUAACUUCGGUUAGCGCCGAUGCAACAAGAUUUAAACGCCAUAGCUCUAGACACUCAUGCACCACCAGCCUGUCAUCCGCUAGCGCCAUAGCAACUAAGGCAAGAGCGAAAGCAGAGGCAGCUUGUGCAAUGGCGUCCUAUGCAAAGCAGGAAGCUGAAUUGAUGAAAGAACAAGCUGAAGCACUUAGAAGAAAAGCUGAAGUGCAAGCAUCUUUACACUUACUGCAACAGCAGAAAAACGCUGCAGCAGCCUUAGCCGAGGCAGAAGUUCUCACAAGGGCUGCCGAAGCUCAGUUCGCUGACAUAGAAACCCAGGUGUCACCCCUCAGCGCAAGCCAACGUACCCGUGAGUACAUACAGUCACAAGCAACCAUGUACACUGACCAGCAGUUCAACUACGCACCAAGGCCAUCAUUGACUCCACCAGCAAUAAGCAACUUUGAUUCUACGCAACACUGCAAGACUGAAUCAGAACCUCAGGGUAGGAAGUCAAGUGGUCACAUCCUCAGAGACCAAUCUGCCAACCUGACAAGAGUGCAAACGGAUGCUGAUGUACUCCCUCCUCAAGCAAAUACAAGUCUGGAUUAUAGCAGAAAGACUUACAACAGAGGAGAACAAAGCAGACUUAGUCAAGUGCCUCAUCAGCCUUACCAGCCGCAGCCAUACCCUGAGUUUACACCCAGGAAGUAUUCACCAGAUGCAGCAAGAGCUACAGAGGUAGCAAGAUUCCUGAUGCGCCGUGAGAUAGUGAGCGCUGGUCUCAUGAAAUUCGAUGACCGUCCAGAAAACUACUGGGCCUGGAAGUCAUCUUUCCUAAGCGGUACCCAAGACUUAGAUCUGACAGACAGAGAAAAGCUUGAUCUGCUCGUCAAAUGGCUAGGACCAGAGUCCACUGAGCAAGCCCAAAGAAUCAGAUCAGUACAUGUUCAUGACGCAACAGCAGGACUUGCAAUGGUGUGGAGGAGACUAGAACACUGCUAUGGGUCACCUGAAGUGAUUGAAGAUGCUCUUCUGAAGAGGAUAGAAAACUAUCCAAGAAUGACAAACAAAGACAAUCAAAAGCUGAGAGGGUUUGGGGACCUACUCUUAGAAAUAGAAGCCGCUAAGUCUAGUGGAUAUCUGCCAGGUCUCUCAUACUUAGAUACAGCACGUGGAGUUGAUCACAUAAUCAAGAAACUUCCUUUCAACUUGCAGGAAAGGUGGGUCACUCAAGCAUCAAGAUACAAGAAAGAUCAUCGAGUCGCAUUUCCACCGUUCACCUUCCUUGCUGAAUUCAUCGUGGACCAAGCUGAAACACGCAAUGAUCCAAGCUUUGCUUUCCUGAACAAGAGAACUGCAAGCUCCCCAAAGGUAGAGCAAAAACAUCUAACGCCUUGCAUAGAACGCAGAGCAACAGUUUCUGUACGGAAGACAGAAGUCUCGCCUGAGUCUGCAGUCAAUCAGGAAGACAGCGCAAGUAAGAAAGUUGAGGAGCCAGACAAAAUAUGUCUAAUCCACAACAAGCCUCAUCCACUAAGAAAAUGUCGCAGUUUCAGAAGUAAGACAUUAGAAGAGCGCAAAGCUUACCUCAAAGACAAUCACAUUUGUUUCAGAUGUUGCGCUUCAAUUCAGCAUCUUGCAAAAGACUGUACAAAAACAAUAAAAUGCACAGAGUGCAACAGUGACAAACACCUGUCAGCACUGCACCCAGGACCACCACCAUGGAAACAAGAAGUUCCAGCAACUCAAGAAGAUCAUGGUGGGGAGCAAGGCGAGAGUACAACGCCAGCAGUAACCUCAAAGUGUACUGAGAUCUGUACAGAGCAGGGCCGCCCCAGAUCAUGUUCCAAAAUAUGCUUAGUCAAGGUGUAUCCUGCAGGCUUCAGAGAAAAAGCAAUCAAGAUGUACACAGUCUUGGAUGAACAGAGUAACAGAUCUCUGGCAAAAACAGAGUUCUUUGACCUCUUCGGUGACAAAGGAAGUCCAACUCCAUACACCCUGAAGACUUGUUCUGGAGUUGUAGAGACAACAGGGAGAAGAGCAAGCAACUACAUCAUUGAGUCAUUAGAUGGAAAGACAAAGGUGACUCUUCCUACCCUCAUAGAAUGUGAUGAGAUACCAGACGAUAGGUCAGAGAUCCCCACACCUGAAGUUGCUCGUCAUCACCCCCAUCUGGUGCGAAUAGCAGACCAGAUACCAGCACUAGAUCCAGAUGCUGCAAUCAUCCUUCUACUUGGGAGAGAUAUCCUCAGAGUGCACAAAGUCAGAGAACAGUACAAUGGGCCACACAAUGCACCAUUUGCACAACGCCUUGAUCUCGGAUGGGUCAUCGUUGGAGAAGUAUGUCUAGACGGACUCCACAAACCAGAAAAGGUAAAUGUCUACAGAACACAUCUGUUACAGAAUGGUCGUACAUCUUGUCUUUGCCCAUGUACCAACAGUCUACACAUUAAAGAGAGACUUGUAAACCCAACACAUCAUCGGAGUAUCCAGAGGUGCAUGGAAGACUUAGCCUCAACUGGAGAUACAGAUGAACUGGGCUGUAAGGUGUUUGAAAGAACACGAGAUGACGACAAGCUAGCACCCUCGGUGGAAGGUAAUCUCUUCCUUGAGAUUAUGGACAGAGAAAGAAGAGAAAUAUGCAUAUUCUCUGAUGCCUCGACUAUGGCUAUCGCAUCUGUCGCCUACCUUAGGGUAAUAGACACUGAGGGACAAAGCCAUGUCGGGUUCCUCAUGGGAAAAUCUAAGCUGGCUCCCAGACCCGCUCACACUGUCCCACGUCUAGAACUUUGUGCUGCUGUCUUAGCUGUAGAGAUGGCAGACAUGAUUACAACAGAACUGGACAUCGAGAUCCAUGCAAUUAACUUUUAUACAGACAAAACCAAAGAAACUACUCAGGUAGAGACCUUUCAGCUCGUAGAACCAGAUCAAGACAAAGAGAGGUGGAGACAGGAAUACCUGGUGACACUCCAGCCACGCAAGAAAUGGCAAGAUGACAAACCCAAUUUACAAGUUGGAGACGUUGUCUUACUGAAAGACUCUCAGGCCCACAGGAACGAGUGGCCUAUUGGACUCAUUUGCUACCCAUUGUUUCUCCAAAUCAUUAUGCCACAGUUUCUGUGUCUGGUUUAUGUACUGUGGUGCCCAUGUGGUCUCCUCUAUGUGGGGGAGACCACAUGGGACCUAAAGACCCGAUUGAACAAGCAUUGGUAUUCCAUUAGAAAGGAAAAAUUGGUCCUUCCAGUGUCCAAGCACUUUACAGAGCUUGGACACUCAGAGAAGGACUUGAGGUUCAUGAUCUUAGACCAUGUUCCCCCAUUGAGUAGAGGGGGAGAUAGACAGGCUCAUUUGAAGAAAUGUGAAUUGAAAUACACGGCAGUGGAACACAUCAUUGAUACUCACCAGAUGGUUUUAGUGAUUGUCACUUGUUGUAUAUUUGUCAUUAACACAAUAAAAAUGUUGGCAUUUGUAGAAACAAAAGGAAAACGAGUCAGAGUCUUCGGGAAGGUGCAGACUUUGUCUUUUUAUUCGGGUGCAUAG